AUGAAGUUCCGUAGCGCCACCACUUCCCUUAUUCUGCUGCUUGUGACCAUCGUGUUUUUCGUUUUGGCAAUCUGUACCGCUCCAUUGUCCAAAAAAAUUGGUCUUUCCAAGAACGAUGAUGUUAUCUUUGGAACCUUCGGAUACUGUAAGGGCUCAAAUUGCAGUAAUACUAUGGUCGGAUAUGAACUGGAUUACUUGAACAACCAUGCCUCUCAAGGUUUCCGCACGACGACCACUGUUCGUCAAAAAGCCUCAUAUGGCUUAGUGCUGAUUCCGGUCUCUGCCUGCAUUUGUGCACUUGCCACGAUUUUGCUUUUGUUUGCUUACAUUGGUCGUAUUUCCCGUUCCCCCGGCUUUUUCAAUUUUGUGGCUAGUAUUCUUUUCUUUAAUGUUUUUAUAACUGCUAUCGCAUUCGUCAUCUGUGUAAUAACCUUUGUCCCUCGCAUCCAAUGGCUUUCAUGGCUUGUGCUUGCUAACGCUGGUAUUCAAUUUAUCGUCCUCUUAUUGUUGUUAAUUGCUCGCAGACAAGCCGUCAAGGCUCAAUCUAAGUAUAUUCGCCGCUCUCAUGCUGAUAGCAUGGCUUACAACCCCUAUUCUCUUCAAAACAACAGCAAUCUUUUCUCUACUUCCUCCCGUACUGGCGACCUUCCCAAGUUUGCUGAUUAUAGUAUGGAAAAACCCGUUUAUGACACCCUUCCUGAAUACGACGGACUUUCUCACAAACGUGGUGAUUCUAUCAAGAAAUUGAAGCCUACGUUAAGUGGUGACAGUCGCUCGAUGUCCUCUUAUGCUCCUGAACCUGCUCCUCAAUCUUCUGGAUUUAGGUUUCCUUUUAUGCGUAGCAACAAGCAAAACAAUGCUCCCGAAAAUCCAUUUAGAGAUCCUGAAAACCCUUUCAAGGAUCCACCUCCAAAUCCUUGGUCUAUCGAUGAUAUUAAGCCUCCAAAAAACAAAGUGUGCUCUUAUUUGUGA